AGUUGGUAAAAUCAUAUGGUCCGGAAAAUCGAUACUCUGAAAGUGAUAUCAAGUACGGUUGAUGUAAACACAAAGCCAGUGGGAACCGCAGGUCAACAUAUUGUAGUGUAUUUUAGAAAACCAGAACUAGUACGGAAAAUAUUAACCAUGCUGAUGGUUGAUAGUGGAAACGAAAGCGCAGAUCGGUUGGAAUCCCUGUUUCUGGAUAAGCGACCGAAUCAUUCCGAAUCGGAUGCUGAAAGUGAUGUUUACUCCAAGGCAAAUCAGCUGGAGGUGGUGUUUCAGGAUCCGAAGGAUAAUGAUCUCCGAAAGAUGGAUCUGGCCCCUAUCAGUGACCGGGUACGGGCCAGUGACCGCAGGGUUCUAACCAGCGAUAACAGUACUGAAUCGUAUACUUCUUCGGUAGCUACGAGCAGCGUGUCGACGCAGGAUGACGAAACACGCACCAAUCAGAAGGUGACCCAGAUAAAUACUUGCAAAAUUUUGCAGCGUAAAUUAGAGCUGAAGGUAGAGAGAGCCAAACGUAACUACCGGCAGAUGUAUGAGGAAGAGGGAAUCAACCACGACAACCAAGUACCAAAAACAGCAACAUUGAUACCAAUCACUCGGUUGGCGAUUCCCGGAGGAACGGUUCGUGACAAUGAACAACCGCUGGUGGAUGUAGAACCCACGGCAGCGGGUAGCGAGGAAGACGAGCUGGAAGCGGUGACAUUCUUUCCUCGGGCAUCUCGCAAGUCUCUCGGACAGCACAAACGACAGGAACUUUCCGAUACAUUCAGUAUACAAGAGAUGACAAUCGAGUCGGAGCAAGAGGACGAGCUGGACUUUGAGCAGUGCAGGAAACUGUCGAAUAGCAAAGGAUACAAGAAAAUUCUCAACCGAGGCCUUAGCGCGGACGGUGACUAUCUGGAUAACGAGAAUGGGGAUUUUGAGGACGAGGACGACGAUGAUUCACAGAACUUGGAGCUGCUUCCUCCGAAAACCGGUUACGGUUUGCGAGAAUUGGCCCAGCGGGCAAUCUGUUGCUUUAGGAAGAACGACUUGUUAUCAUGAAAUCACGAGUACAGGCUGGUGACAGAGGUUAACGAUAAUGGUUAAUUGGUUGCUAUUGCACUAGAGGUUAUCGUGAAUAUAAAUUACUCACCGCCAUCGUAGGUGAGAUAACGGU